AUGAGUCCAACCGAGCAAACCGGUCCCAUGCCGGCCGAUCCAAGGCUGCUGUCGUCUUCCGUCAGUUCCCAAGGCUACCGAGACCCCACCAGGUCCUUCAUACCUGGAUCUGUCCAAGAUCAUCUCUCUCCCGUCGACAGCGCUGGCUUUGCUCGAAGUGUGCGCGAAGACACUGCAGAGCUGGCAUCCUACGUCCUAUCCGACAAGAAAGACAAGCGAAAAGCUUCUUUUCUCUCCCAACGACCGUCUUCCUCGUCACAUCAAUCCCGCGAACGGCCCAAGUUCCGGAAUGACCCAUCAACAUAUGACGAAUCACAGGUCUCCAGCGCCGACACUAUAACGGAAGUUUCGGAACCAUCGUCGCUAGACAAUGAGAUCGAGGACGCAGUCGACGACGGACCCUCCGUGCUCACGUGUAUGUUCAGGCGAUCGCCGCCCCAGACCUCCUACGGAUCGCUCGAGGGCGAGAGUCCCAUCAAUGAGCGGUCCUCCUCUUCGCAGCGCAUACCAGACAUUAUACCUCCGCAGGAAUCUCCUCCGAUCGAGAAUGGCGCACGGACUGGGUUGUCCGAGUUCACGCCCCUUCUAGGCGCGAAGUCUCCUAGGUCCGAGUCGUCGGAUACGCUGGAUGACCUUGAAAGUCAGAAGCCAAGGACAACCGGGUGGACCGCACUUCGGCAAAAAGCUGGAGACAAAGUUCGUGGACUUGCGGCUACCGCGAACCCGAAAACAUGGGAUAGAAAGACCGUAUGGGAAACAGUUAUUAUGGACCCGAUCCGCUGCCUACCAGCGGUCGUAGUCGGGCUCCUUCUCAACAUAUUAGAUGCUCUAUCAUACGGCAUGAUUCUUUUCCCACUUGGUAACCCAGUAUUUGCAAAUCUUGGGCCUGCCGGCAUCUCUAUAUUCUACGUCAGCACCAUCAUCUCCCAGUUGACGUUUUCAUUUGGCAGUAUAUUCCGAGGCGGCGUUGGGUCUGAACUUAUCGAAGUUGUCCCCUUCUUCCAUAGUAUGGCAAUGACCAUCACUUCGACAGUUGGAGAAGACAACCCAGACGCCGUCAUUGCGACGACGAUAACAUCCUUCGCCAUCAGUUCCAUGCUUACCGGGGUCGUCUUCUACCUCAUGGGUCGAUUCAGGCUGGGAUACAUUGUCGGUUUCAUCCCUCGGCAUAUUCUGAUCGGCUGCAUUGGUGGCGUGGGCUGGUUUCUCAUCGCUACGGGUUUCGAAGUCUCGGCACGCCUGGGUGAAUUUCACUACGACCUGGAGACUGGUCGACGACUGAUUCAAAAUGACACGCUACCUCUCUGGCUCAUCCCACUCGCUCUCGCCGUUUUCCUUUUUGGCCUUCAGAGGAAGGUCAGCUCGCGAUACCUCUUGCCAGUCUAUAUCCUAUGUAUCCCGAUGAUCUUCUACUUCUUUGUACUGUCGAUGGAUAGCCUAGAGCCGGCGAAUCUACGAAAGACGGGCUGGAUCUUCGAGGCCCCUGAGGCGGGCCAACCCUGGUGGUACUUCUGGACACUUUAUAAGUUUCACCUGGUUCACUGGGGAGCCAUAUUGGAGACUGUCGGUGCUAUGUUUGCCCUGACUUUCUUCAGCAUACUUCACGUUCCCAUCAAUGUUCCUGCCUUGGCCCAGAAUAUAGGCGAGGACAACCUGGAUCUGGACCGAGAGCUCAAAUUGCACGGGUACUCGAAUUUCCUAUCCGGUAUCGCGGGGAGUAUCCAAAACUACCUGGUAUUCGCCAAUACGUUAUUUUUUGUCAGGUCGGGGGGCGACAGCCGCUUGGCAGGCGUUUUGCUGGCUGCAUUGACAUUUGGCGUCAUGGUCAUUGGGCCUGUCCUCAUAGGCUUCAUUCCCGUGAUGAUGGUUGGGACCCUAAUCUUUGUCCUCGGCUUCGAGCUCUUAAUGGAUGCAUUAGUAGCCCCAAGACGGAAAUUGAAACUGGUCGAAUACUUGACGAUCGUAGUAAUUGUUUUGACGAUGGGGAUUUACGACUUUGUCGUUGGCAUCUUCGUCGGCAUCAUCCUUGCAUUCGUUUCGGCCAUUUUUCACGCAUCUCAAGUCUCGGCGGUCCGAGCUACAUAUACCGGAAACCAAGUCGGAUCAAUGGUUAGACGGAACCCCUCACAGCAUUACUACCUCCGCGAAGUCGGAGGGCAGACCUUCGUUAUCAAGCUGUCCGGCUUCCUUUUUUUCGGAACUAUCGUUGGUGUCGAGGAACAGAUUCGCACCCUUAUAUCGGAUGACAGGUUUGAGGAACACCCCAUCAGGUAUCUAAUUGUCGACCUAUGGCAUGUCACUGGUAUCGACUUCUCAGCGGCUGAGGGCUUCAAUACUAUCAGUCGCCUUCUGAGCAACAAAGGUGUCAGUCUUCUCAUCAGUGGAAAAGAUGCAGAAAGUAGGGUGGGACUCGACCUGAGGGCCGUUGGGCUUGGCUCAGAUGGUAUCGAGGUCAAGUUCAUGCCGGACUUGAACUCGGCUCUGGAAAGCUGCGAAAACGAGCAGCUGAAGACAUUCUAUGCGCGUCAAGAAGCGCUGAGGGUUACUCGACCAGCCCCGUCAAGCAAUCUCGAUGUCCCCAAUAGCGACUCUCUUACGCAAUCCCUGGAUAUGCUGUCUCAGUCUCCGCGAAGGCAUCACUUACACCAAGCAGCAAGGACCGUUCUAACACAACAAGAGAUCAGACGCACCACCAGGUGGCAAAGUAUUAGUGAACCUCUACGGCUUAUGCUUCAGGUCUUUCAUGAUGUGAGCGAGAGAAACGAGGACUUUUGGUUCCGUGCCAGGCCAUAUUUUGCCCGCAAAGAAUAUGCUGCCGGUACGGUACUGUACCAACGUGGCGAACCGGCCAAUGGUUUCUACCUCUUGGAACGAGGCGAGCUCCACGCUGAGUAUCAAACGCCCCAAGGUACACUAUUGGAGCCGAUCGUUCAAGGUACGACAUGCGGCGAGUUGCCCUUCUUCUCUGAGACAGACCGUACAGCAACAGUCCGCGCCGCUAAGAACUGUGUGGUCUGGGUCAUGGACACGGACAGCUGGGAGCGACUUCAGACCGAUGAGAAGGACGUCGCGCAGGAGUUACUAAGGGUUUCACUCAAGUUGACAACCGAACGGAUGAACGCCAUGACAAACUACAUUUCGGCGGUCGGGAAUUAA